AUGGCACAAGUAAUAUGGAAUUCUGAUAUAGACGUCUACAAUUCUCAAGUGAUACCUGUCCUGGUCGCUAAAAAUAUAUCGAAAUACUUAUCCGUUCAGGAUUUAUUGUCGUUUGGCCAAGUAUCAAGAAAUACAUUCAAAACAGUCAAUGAUUCUAAUCUUUGGGUAUCAAAAUUAAAAGAGAUGGGAGUAUGGGACCAAGGGGUUAUUCCUAGUGGAUCGAAGGUUGAAAUGAAUGGAUUGGAUAGUCCGUUGACGUGUUUGGACAAAGUGGUGAAGUCACCCAAAGCAGCAAAGCUUCAGGUACGAAAAAUAUACCGAUGUCUCUACCCUUAUUAUAGCGAUUUACUCUCUCAUAAGUCAUACAAUAAAUUGAAGAUUUUUAAAGAUUUUCAUACACCCGAAGACCAAGCUAAAAUAUUAGAUAAUCUAUUAAAGCUCAACAAAAUUGAUUAUGAUGAACAUUCGGGCUUAAUGAUAAAGGACAAAAUCAACUCAUUAUUUGAAAUAUUUGAAAAUGCGCUAUUAAGAGAAUUAGAGAUUCAUUAUGAUAUUCAAGACUUUGCUAAAACUCGCAAAUUUGUCAAAAUCCUAACCCGUUUAAAGAACGAACAGACAUUGAUUGAUUUUUUUCUCCAAAAAAGUAUAUUUGAUAAUGAAGAUUGCAGAUUUUUUAAUGUAGAGGAGUUUGAUGUGAAUGAAUACUUUAUUGAAAAAGAAAAUCUUAUAGAUACAAACUCCUCGGAUGACGUUGCCACAUUUGAACUUAAUAUUAACUUAUUUGAAAAAUUCAUCGAAGAUUUAGCCAAAAUAUUCAAUAAUGAGGCAAGAAUUAUAGAUCAGAUAUUUCCACAAGAAAUCCCAAUGAUGUAUAAAGUUUGCGAGGAGCUUAUAGCUAAUCAGGUCAUGGAAUUAUUUAUGGCAUUAUUGGAUGCCUCCAAACCCAAAUCAAUGUAUUUAACUUUGGUUCCCUAUUUAUAUCAGAUUUUGACGACUACUUUCAUAGAAAAACUAACAGCAUGCGAAAAUGUGGGCCCUAGCUAUCCCAGAUUAGUUCGUGAAUUAAUCGACAUGCUGUACGAAUCAUUUGCGGCUGAGUAUAUACGAGAGGAAUUGCAGAUAUUUAAAGGCAAUUCCAGUCAGAGUAUCAAAGAUUGGAAGGAUUCAUUUUCAAGGAGGGAAGCUGAGACCACUCAAAGUAUCUUGAAACAUGUUAAAGUUGAAACCAAGAAUGAUUUCAUAAGCAGUUUUAAGAAGGUAUUUACUAUUAAUGCUUCGUCUAACAAAGAUGAGAGUGAAUCAGAUGAGAAGAAUUAUUCAGAGAUUCAAGCAAAGACAAAGAUAUUGUCUGAGAACUUGAAAUCGUUAAAUAAAAUAUUUAGUUUAGAAUUGGUUAUGGACAUUCUAAAUGAAGCGAGAGGUUCAUUCAACAGAUUGCUAAAGUUCAGGGAUUUCUCAAUAGUUGCCUUAAAAAAAGAUAUUUUGGCAAGUACACAAGAAGUGUUUAUAACUGUUAUCGAUUCUACUGGAAAUGAACAUUUAAGACCAGGUUUUGAAAAGGCCUUAGAAUAUUUGAAAACAUAUAAUCCUAAAGAGCUAGAACUAGACUCAAAUUCGGAAUCGUUUAUCGAACCUUUGGUUUUAUACUGUGAAUUGAUUAAUAUGGCCGAUAUGAUUAUACAAAUGAUAGAUAUAUUCUAUAAAGAGGAAAUGCUCAAUCGUCACAUAGUGAAGCAUGAAAAUUCUAUUUUGAAUCCGGCCUUGCAAAAUAAAAAGAAGCUUGAAGGUUUAGUAGAUAAUUAUGUUGCUGAUGGUUUAAAUAUAGGAAUUGAUGUUUUAAUGACAGAAAUUGAAAAUGUUUAUAAGAUAUAUUUGAAAGAUUCUGAUUACAAUCCAUCAUCCGAUACUCCAGCAGUGAUGGAUGGACCCACUGAGGCCGCAAAAAAAGUUGUCAAGAUAUUGGAUAACAAUAUUGACUUACUUGUUGGGAGUACGGAUAAAUCGAUUGUUGAAGUAUUUCAACAAGAAAUUGCUGAGCGAUUUUUUCAAUUACUAGUUAAAACUUUAAAGAGGAGUACCAUAUCAGUAUCGGGGGCAAUAAACCUUAUAUCUGACUUGAAUCUAUAUUACGAUUUUAUCGUUAAUCAUAUCAAGACAAAUAAGAGAAUGGUUUUACCUUUAUUUCAGUCACUUAAGAAAGUUGGCAGUAUAUACUUAAUAGGAGGUAAUGAAUCUAAAUCUAUCGGCAAAUUGGUUAGUGAUCUUUCAAAAUUCAACGGUAUAUUUGGACAGGAAGAAAUUUAUGAAUUUGUACAAAGGAGACAAGAUUGGCCAUUAAUUAAGAGGGAUGUUGAGAAAGUUAUGUAUGGCUUAAGUUUAGGUGAUUGUGUAAUUAUAUAA